CAUUUGUACGAUUAAAUUUUGUUUAGAAAACGAUGCUAUAAUGAAUAUAAUGUAAAUUUUAACAAUAUUUAUGUUGUAUUAGGAAAAUUCUGUUCUUUCUUCAUGUGAAUAAUUAUUGAUCAAACAAAUAUUUGGAAAAUGGAAGAACCUGUAAGAAAAUCCGUUCUCGAUUACAUCCGAAAAAUUAAAAAAUACAGUCUAUGUAGACUUAUAUUUUGUGCAAAAGCUACGAAUUGCGAAGAAAUCGUACGAUUGUUUGAUUACGCAAUUACAGACAAAUUUUCGCAGUGUAUUACAGGAUUACUUUUCGUUUAUUCUGAUUUUAUGAUUCAUUUAAUCGAAGGUGCAGAAGACGAUGUUUUUCGAUUGUGUAACGAGGUGUUCGCAAAUAGUUCGAGAGUUAUAACAAAUAAUAAAUGCUUAUACGUACAAAACGGUGCAAAGCAAUUUUUUCAAAAAUGGCACUACAAACGAUUGAACAAUUACAAUUCGAAUGUAAAAGAAUUAGAGGAAAUCGAGGAUAGUUUCGAAAAUAUAUCUACUAUACAUAAAACAAUGAUUUUAAAUUUACACAAAUUAUAUACUGAAUUAUGGAAUGUGCACCACUCGAAAAGUUACCAAAGUUUUAUUGAGCAAUUGAAUUUAAUAUCAAGAAAAGGACAUUUGAAUAUUCCGUCUAAAUCAAAUAUGGAAUUCGUACUCAGAAGUCGUUGGGGAUAUGAUCUGAUGACAUUAGCCAAGGACUAUUGUAAUCUAAAGUAUCCAUACAGUUUUGACGAUUAUUCUCCAGUUUCUGAAAUUAUACAUGAAAUUAAAUAUAACGUUGAAUAAUUUUAUAAACUAUUAUUAGUAAAAACAACGUAUCGAAUAAUAAUCAUAUAAAAUAAUUAAUCAAAUAGGUGCAAAAGUUGAUUGUUUCAGAAUACAAUAUAAAUAGUUUCACGUGUAUAUGUAAGUUUUCGUGUAGAUCGUGUAAUUAUUUCUAGAAAAGACACUGUUGGACAUUGUUGGAACAACGAAAAUAUGCGUUUUGUGUUUGUUUUGGGAAAAAUAGAGGUUAUGUGUUUUUGUUUGUAAGUAAUUGCGUGUUUAUUUUUAUUAAUAUCUAGUGUCCCAGUUUCUUAUUCCAAAUGUCUACGAUUGAAAAAGACAACGAAAUAGUUGAUAAAAAUUAUUGUUUGAUAAUAUCACCCUGUGUAUUGUGUUAUUUGUUUAUUAAAAAAAAAAAAAUAGAU